AUUAUGGUAGUAGUUACGGAACUAUAUUGCACGUGAGUUAUGACGUCAUAUGGUACACAUGAAGUGUUUGAUGAUAUACCGGAUGUGACUUUUGUUUGCACCAACAGGACUCCAAACUCACUAAGGACGACGUGCAUAGAAGAAAACGAGCCGCUUAAUGAAAAUGGACGAUCCAACAUAAAGGGCAACAAAAAUGGCGACUACAGCGAGUCUGCACGAGGGCUGAUCAAACAUUUCAAGAACUCUACCUACACUACCAUUCCCGGCGCUUCAAGAGGGGUGAUGCAGGAGUCGCCGUACGCAGACAAUCGGUGGGGCUCUGAGGAUGAUAUGCUGGAAUACGAGGACGGGCCUCUUUGCACGUGUGUUCCGUGUAAGAGGCGGCGCGCUCUGACCGGCCCCGAGAAAGGCCUCAUCGUGCUGGCGCUCGUUGCUUUUGUCGUAAUUAUUGUGCUCGCUGCGCACAUGGAUGGGAAGGAUGAGGUCAAAGUACCGCCGAAAUGCGAGUCCCCUGGCUGCCUAUCUGCGGCUAGCUCCAUCCUUUCUGCCAUGGACCCGAGUGCCGACCCCUGCGAGGACUUCCACCAGUACGCAUGUGGUGGCUGGCUGCGGGAGACGCCUAUACCACCCGGGUACCCCAUGUGGGACCGCUUCCAGGAACUAGCGUAUCAAAACUGGUUCAUGCUCAAAACAUUCAUCGAAACACACAAAAUGGAUGGAGGCGCGCAGAAGAAGGUGCGUGACUUUUACCGAAGUUGCAUGGACGAAAGUCAAGUGUCGCGUGCAGAAACGCUCAGCGAAUUUCGAUCACUACUCACCAACGUCACUAGUGGCGGCGGGGCAGGGGCGCUCCCCGGGGGAGGCACUACGCAUCAGAAAUGGGACAUGACUGGAACGCUUCUUUCCAUACAUAAACUAAACACCUGGCCGCUGUUCCAAGUCAUGAUUGGACCAGAUGAAAGAAACCCGAACGUCAAUAUAAUUAAGAUCGAGGCUGGUCACUCACCGUUCCCGUACAACAUCUUCAAACAGGAGGCCGAGAGGGCGCUCAAUGAACGCAGCUCAAACAAUACAGACAGUAUCAACGGCACUGACCACGACGCUACUUCAAAACCUCAAGUAAAUGAAACUCAGAUCGAAAUGACAGACAACAAGACAGACUCCACAAACACUGAACACAACAUCGAUGCGACAGACACUCCUGAACCUACCACAACGAAGAAACCACACAUUAAGGAUACGCAUCCACAUCCAACGGAGAAUGUAACCGAGCUGGUACGAGAUUACCUGCGCGAGACGACAAGUCUACUUCAAGCGCUAUGGGACCAGACCAAAGAGCAAGCCGAAAAGGAGGCACAUAACAUCCUAGAGCUGGAAAAACAACUCUCGCUGGCUCAUGAUAUAGAACUACACAUCCACAACCGGAUACAGGCAUAUAACGCCAUGGCUGUAAAAGAUCUGCAAUCUAAAUGCACUAUGAUCAACUGGUCGUCCUACAUGAACAGUCUCCUGUCGGCCGGAAGUGAGGCGGUCCCUGUCGUUAACCCGGAAACGGAAGUGAUAGUAUUACACGAGAAGGCGCUCAAACAAGUCUGUGAUAUCGUGCAUGAGUACUCCAGUAACGACGAGAAAAAGAGCAUACUAGAGAGGUAUGUUUUACUGGGCCUAGCAAGAUCCAUGAAGCCCUUCUUUGACCUCACAACAUUCCAACCCGAUGUCAAGCACGACGAAGAAAUCGAGGCUGAAGGUGAGCAUUGGCGUCGCUGUACCUUUUACACCAACAAAGCCUUAGGACUCGCUACCGCUGCCGUAUAUGUUAACGCGACUACGAUCGACGCGUCUCUUGCUCAGGGUGAUGAACGCAUAAAAAAGAUUACAACCCUGGUAACAUAUGUGAAGAGGGCCUUCAAGGAAUACCUCCUGAGAAAGAUAUGGAUGGACGCAAAGACAAUGGGAAAUGCCGAGAAAAAGCUGGACGAGAUGAUUGAGAAAGUGAGCUACCCGUCUUUCAUUCUCAACAACACUUUCCUUUCCGAGUUUUACACCAAUUUUACUAUUGGCGAUAACUGGUUCAACAAUUUGCUUAACUGGCGAAGGUUUACUAUUACGAACAUGGUGAAUUCUCUGAGUAAACCGUUUGACAGACUUAAUAGCUGGAUUAACCCGCCAGUGACAGUAGAGUCGGACUACAGUCCAGUCAGGAACGAUAUAAUCUUUCCCAUUGCACUUUUCCACCUUCCCAUAUAUAGCCACGAGGGGCCAAGCGCAUUAAACUUUGGUGCGAUUGGAUCAAUAAUAGGUCACGAAAUAACACAUGCAUUUGAUAUUCAAGGUCGGCAGUACGACGGUCAAUGUCGUUUACGGGACUGGUGGGAUCCUGUGACGGCCGAGAUGUUCAACGAGACUACUCACUGUAUGAAGGACCAGUAUGACCACUUUAAGAUAGGAAACAUGACGAUACAAGGAGCUCAAACGUUGGAAGAAAAUAUAGCAGAUAAUGGUGGUUUACGAGCUGCUCAUAUAGCGUACGAGUUAUGGAUGAAGGAGCACGGCGAGGAGGAGCCGGUUGCAGGACUGGACCUUGACGCCAGACAGUUGUUCUUCGUCUCCUACGCCCAACUGUACUGCUCAAAGUGGACUAUGUCUGGAGUAACGGAUUUCCUCAUGAGGGACAAACACAGUCCUGGUCCUUAUAGAAUCGAGGGUGCCUUAUCCAAUUCACUUGCAUUCCCUGAUGUGUUCAAGUGCUCUUACGUAGCGAAGUACAACCCGCCUACCAAAUGCAGAGUUUGGUGAAGAUCCGACUAGAAUUGUAUGUACAUUCAUGAACCAUGCAAUGCAAACCUACAAGGCACCAUCAAAAUUCAUUCUGCUUAUGAUUAUGAUGGUCGAAUAAGAAGCUUAUC